AUGAUUUUUAAGAUAACCAGAACAAAAAGAAGAUGGACUAAAAAUCAAAAGAAGAUUCUGGUGAUGAAAGUGGUGGAGAAAAAAGUUGUAGUAAAGAAAUCUAAAACACCAAACACAUCACCAUCGUCAUCAUCAUCAUCAUCAUCAUCAUCAUCAUCAUCAUCAUCAUCAUCAUCCACCAAUGACAAAUCAUUUAAUCUUUCAGAUAAAAGAAAAAUUUCAUAUAGUAACUUUAAAGGUUUAGAACGUAUUGAUAUCCGUGAAUUUUUUGAAGAUAAGUCUGGUGAAUUAAAACCAAGUUCAAAAGGUAUUUCAUUAACAAGAGAACAACUUGUGGUUAUAUUAGAAAAUGGUGAUACAAUUAAAGAUUGGAUAAAAGAAAGUAAAUAA